UAUAAAUAGAGGUAUACGGACAUGAAAUUUAAAUUAAAACAACUUUGAAACAAGCAUUAAUUCUCGCAUAAAUUUACACAACUCAUCACUGUAAGAGUUGAUACGAAUCGAGAUUACCACGUGUUUUUGCUGUAGCAGUAAACAGUAAAAACAUAAUCUGAACAACAGUUUUUGUGAUUUUUUUACGAUGGAGAACAUCACACAAAUUCAUCAGAUAAGACUACAUUGGUGAGUAAGUAUUGUUGAAGAGUUUAAACUGUUUUAAAGUGCAUUAAUUCACAUUCAAAUGAAAAAAAAAAGUACACUAUAAAUGUAUAGGCGUUAGCCAGUUUGAACUCACAUAUUAAAUUGAAACUAGUUCAUCUGAUUUUGUGUUGUUUUUGAAGUGUAUAAGCUUUGAUGCCCACCUCUAAGUAAUAUUCAAAGUAAAAUCAAGUUUUUCAUAAUUUUGGAGAGUUGUUGUUGUGUAACACAAACACAUCGAAUUUUUAACAUACUAGUAUUAAGGGUGCUGGCACCAUUGGCGUCAGAACUUUUAUCUGUGAAGACCCACUUGCUUCCCCCACAAUACACGUGCAAUGAAAAGACAAAGAUGUGGAGGGCACGUGUAAAUUUAUUUAUUUAUUUACAUGUAUUUAUUUAUUUUUGAAAAAUGUAUCUCUUAAAAUUAAUUCUAAAUAUAGAAAACUUUUAAUUGCAUUUACUUGAUAUUGCAUUCACACAAGUUAAUAAAAAUAUAGAUUUAUUUUUUGAAAAAAAGUGUGUGAUACACAUGAUAUUUUUAAAGUAUGAUUAUGCGUGUAUAGUCGCUAAUAACGACCUAAUAUUGAUUUCAAUUUAUGCUCAGAUACGGAGCCAGCUGUCUUUUAUAGACUGCUGUGGUACUUUCUAUCUGCAUGAUGAAAAUGGUUAGAAUUUCCCUUUAUCAAUUUACAUUUUCUUUUGAUUUAUCGCGUAUUCUUCAGUGGUCAACUUCAUUCUCUGGAUGACUAUUUGUCAACACUCCUAUGAACAUGAACAACCUUUGUCCCAGAGGUUUUACCCUGAGUUACAGUUUUUAGUCCAACGUUUCCAUUCUCUUAACAACCCUGACAACAGAAACUGAAAAGGAUAGAAGCUAACUGCUUGAAUACAGCCAGAAACUGAUCAUGUUUUGGACAAGUCAAAGGUGUGUGAAGUCUUUCAGAGAGAUAGCAGUUGAUGAAAUAAGGAUGGCAACAAAGCAAAAGUGCUUUGGUAUUCAACGUUUUGUGAUAAAUAUCUGCACGAUGUGACACCAACCUGUCCGGCAUCAGCUGAGGAGUGUACCUUUGAUUUACACGUGAACUACAUUAUGACCAUGGUUACUUAUAACUGGACCAUUAAUGAAGGCAAUCCUGUUCUCUACAAAAAUGGAAUGUUUAUCAGGAAAAGCUCAAAUGAAAAUGAGGAAAUGAUGCAUUCUUGUGAUGAAGGACCGAUGUCCUCAGAAGAAAUGAAGGAUGUGAUAACUGCUGAUGGUAACUACAGAUUUAUGUUCGCCAUUAAUAAUCAGUUUCCUGCACCAACGCUCACCGUGUAUGAAAAUCAAAGAGUGAGAAUUCAUGUCCACAAUGACUUGGUAAAUGAAGCCUUCACGCUUCACUGGCACGGACUAUCUCAGAACGGUACUGUUUGGAUGGACGGUGUUUCCAUGGUAACACAAUGUCCGAUACUUCCCGGACAGAAGUUUACAUACCUCUUUACUGCGAGUCCCCGAGGUACACAUUGGUAUCAUGCUCAUCACGGAACAAUGAGGUCAUCAGGCCUUGCAGGCGCCUUCAUCGUACUUCCUCGGAAAGAAAAGGAGAGAACAGAUAUUCCAAAAACUGAUAAGGACGUUGUAUUAAUGGUCCAAGACUGGAGUUUUCCAGAGAGUGACGUACAGUUGGUUAUGUACGAGGAAUGGUACAUGCAAACUCUUAGGUUUGUGAAGAAUAUGAAUAAAGACGAGUGUUUGGAGGCAAAGCUUAGCUAUGAUGGUUCUCACUCAAGCAUGACGAUGCCGUACAGUAAUACCCUGGUUAACGGAAAAACAAAGUACUUUUCAAGUGACAGCUCUGAUCAGCAGCGAGCUCUGCCAUUAGAAAUCUUCAACAUAACUCCCAACAGCUACACCAGAUUCCGGUUGAUAAACUCGGCUCUGUCUGGAGAAUACAAAAUUUCCUUUGAUAAGCAUAAACUUCUGCUGGUAGGGACGGAUGGGGCGGAGAUAACCCCUGUUUGGAUAGACUUCCUCAUAAUUAAUGGAGGAGAAAGCUAUGACGUCAUUCUUCACGCAUAUCGCACCCCUGAUAACUAUUGGAUAAGAAUAGAAACAACAGAUGUCAUGGAUGUUCAUUUUAAUCCAGUCAAACCAAACAUAAGCUUUGCUCAACUCCACUACCAAGGUGCAGACGAUAAAUUACCUGAAUCUGAAGAGAGGGAGUGCUCGAAACUGGAACCUUGUGUAAUGGCAAACUGUCACUGGAGUCCUGUGGCAAUGGCUAAGAGAGAGCCAAAUACCAAAUGCCUGUCGGUGGCGGAUCUAAAAGCAACGUCACGAAGUAUUGAAGAGACACCUGUGGCCGUGCCGACCUCACGUGACGAUUUCCAGGAGAUUUUUCUAAAUUUCAAUCCAAUAGGAACCAAAGUGAAGCGUGUCCGUCCUGCAGUAAACUCAAUUCACUACAAACAUCCCCCUAUUCCUCUUCAGAUUUAUCCAGACAUAGUGAAAGACAAGAGCAUUGUUUGUGAUAACGAACAUAUGGAUAUCUGUGGGGAAUUCUGUCGCUGUACUCACGUCAUCAAACUAGCUACCAAGAAAACUACUCAGAUUGUCUUACUGGCGGAGGCUGUAUUGGGAACUUUCCAUCCCAUCCACCUCCAUGGAAACCGUUUCCAUGUACUAAAGUAUGGAUAUCCAGUUAUGAACGAAACCACCGGAUUAAUGGUAGAUACAAACCAAGAUGUAGAGUAUUCACAAGACUUUAGUAAAGCAAAAUGGCGGAAUCAGAGCUGGAAAUAUGGUAAUGUCCCAGAUAUAAACAUUAAGAAUCCACCUCAAAAAGACACAGUCGUGGUACCUGGCAAAGGCUAUGUUGUUCUUCGACUCAAAACAGACAAUCCAGGAUUUUGGUUUGUGCAUUGUCACAUUGAUAAUCACAUGACCAUUGGAAUGGCUGUAGUUCUACAAGUAGGCGAGCCAGAUGAGAUGCCGAAGCUACCCACUGGUUUUCCGAGAUGUUCAAACUCCAAGUUUAAUCCUGACGUAGAAAGCAAAUCCAAAUUUGACCAAGAAGACGGCAAUUUUUUAAAGAUGUCAGCUGUUGACGGUACUACCAACAUUGUUCAUGCUGAGCAAGGAAAUUAUUCGGAGAACCAUGGCGUCUUCGUAAUAAAGUACACUACAUACACUACUUUGGUGGCGUUCCUUGUGAUAUUCGUCUUCGGGUUUCUUGUUCUGUGUAUAGUGUUUUUUAGUAAAAACUGUAACCAGAAAUGUUUUUCAUCUAGACCCCAGGGAUAUAACCCGAUUGAAAGUGAACAAACACUUAUCUAUCCAAAGUAAAGACAACAUGAAAAUCGAUGUAAAUGAUAUUGCUUGAAAAUUUUUAGAUUAUGUGUAGGCAUUAAAAAUCUUUCGUCAAUUAUAUAUGCAGCAAAAGAUGUUUGCUACAUUAAAGCACUCAGGUGACCUAUUGCUGUUUUUUGUCCGUCGUUGUGCGGUUUGCGUUGUCCGUCGUACGUCGGUCAUUAACUUUUGAACAUUUUCAUCGUCUUCUCUCUGUUAAACAAUUUUGGUAUAUGUGUGUAUGUAUCUAUGGGUCAAGGUAAAAAACCAUUAUGAUUUUCAUGGUCCCUGCCCCUCCUGAGUGGUGGGACCAAAACCAUCAAAAUUUUUACCAUUUUCAAAAAUCUUCUUUACUCCUAGACAUAAGACAGCCAAACUGUUUGCAUGAUUAUAACAAACAAUGAUUUCUUUAACCAAACUUAAUUGUGAAAUUCAUACAAUGUGGCCCCUCGUGGUCAGGAGUUUUGUUGUUCGGAUUGGGCUGUAUGAUAAUAUGGUGAAAAUGCAUUAUCUCCUUGAAAAUCUUCGUUCUCUGCUCCUAGGUAUUAAGUAAACAGAAUAAGUGCAUGAUUAUGAUGAGCAAGGGUGCCUUCUCCAAAAUUGUGAAAUUCAUGACCCAUUGGUCAGGGAUUCUGGUAUUACGUAGCGACUGUAUUGAUUAUAUAAACAAAAAUGCAUAAAUUCCUUAACAAUUAUAUUUUCUGUCCCAGGGUAUUUAACAAACUAAUUGGUUAGUUAUAUAAACAAGGAUGUUUCUUCAAAAAUUGUAGAUUUCAUGGCAUUUGGGUCAGGGCUCUAGUGUUAGGACGGGGAUUAUAUUGUGAAAAUGUAUUAUGCCUUCGAAAAUGUUCUUCCCUGUUGCUACGUAUUUCGCAAGCAUAUUCAUCAAUCAAUUUAAUUUGUUUUCUUUCAUAAUUCUGUACAUUCUUUAUAUUGAUGUAUUUCACUCAGGUGACCGUUAAGACCACUGGUUCUUUUGUAAAACUUUACAUUAUGGGAAGUUUUUUUAUUUGACCAAUAUUAGUGCAGUUAAAAAAAUUUAUAUUCUCACUACCGUCAAUAAUUAAAAUUUGAAUAUAUUUAAA